AUCAGUCCGGCAAAAUAGCGGUGAUUUAAUUUAUUGAACAUGGCGCUCCGCCGUCUAUUACUUGCCCAAUAAUAAUAAACUAUCAAUUUCCAACAUAUUUCAGUGUUUUGUGCAUCUUUGUAACGUUAGAAACUAAUGUUUGUAUCAUGACUCCCGAAAGUUCAGACAAUGAUUGCAGUGCCUUAAACGGUGACAAACCGAAAAAGAAAAAAAUGCUUACUAGGGAAUUUGUGAUCAGCAUCUUAAAUAGGAUUGGCCUUAUUUUCCUGGGAUACAUAGUUGCCUAUAUGCAAUGGUCCCUAAUAUUGCCUUUAGUAACUGUGGGAACACUGGUGUGGCUUGAGAACAAAACCAAUAACACCAGCGCCAAAAUUAAGUCCAAAAGUAUAGCCAGUACUUUAGGCAAAGAAGAACUAGUACACUUGUUAAACAACAAACUCCCAUCAUGGGUAACAUUUCCAGACAGGGAAAGGGCGGAAUGGGUGAACGAAUUUAUACUCACAAUGUGGCCCAACAUUUCCAACUUCAUAAUCAAAAAGUUCAGAACGAAACUGCAGAACAGUAUCAGGAAAAAAAUCGACUCGUUCAGAUUUGAGGAAAUUGAUUUUGGAGAAAUUCCUCCAAAAAUUGACGGGGUCAAAAUAUACACUAAAAGGAAAGAUUGUAUCAUCAUAGACUUUGAUAUUUUCUAUGACGGAGACUGUGACAUACACUUCGGAAUGUCCGGCAAAGAACUGGGCAGAAUCAGGAACUUCCAGUUGGGAGCAGAAGUCAGGAUUAUUCUCAAGCCACUCCUGGUGAAGAUGCCUUUAGUUGGAGGGAUGCAAAUAUUUUUCUUGAACGAUCCCGACAUAAAUUUUGAAAUCGUCGGCUUCUCUAAACUUCCUGGUCUUAAUUAUGUGGUACGUCAGGCAAUUGAGAAGAGAAUCAGGAAGAAGAUUGUAUUCCCCAAUAACAUUACCAAGAAGUUCUCCAAAACCAUCGAAGCCUCAGAGCUGAGAUCUUUGGAACCAGAAGGUAUUUUAAGGGUACAUGUGUUUGAAGCCAGAGACCUAGAAAAGAAGGACAAACUAGGCAAAUCCGACCCUUACGUAAUAUUAUCAGUGGGGGCACAACAAUUCCAAACCCCCACCAUCAAGAAGACUCUAAACCCUAAAUGGGACUACUGGUGUGAAUUUAUAAUUUUAGACCCCUUAGCUAAUAUUUUAAACUUCUACGUCUGGGAUGAGGACGACCUGAAUGAAGACGACUUCUUGGGAGGUGGAGGCACAGAAAUACAUUCCGUCUUAAAAAAGGACCACAACGACAAAUGGUUUAAACUGGAGAAGGCCAAACAUGGCGAAAUCCAUCUAAGAUUUACAUGGUUGGGCUUAUCCACAGUUUAUGGUGACCUUCACGCGAUGAGAAAGGAAACGGAGUUGUUGAAGGUAACCAAUUUGGCACAAUCACUUUUAACUUUCUACGUAGAUUCAGCAAGAAACCUACCCAAAUCCAAGACAUUCACCAAACCACACGGCUACUUCAAAGUGAUUUUGAACGAUAAAGUUGUCUACAAAAGCAAGUCUAAGAGCCACAACUCUGAUCCCUUUUGGGAGGAGGGAACCUCUGUGUUGGUCCAUGAUCCGGAAAAAGAGAACGUCCUCAUUGAGGUCUGGGAUAAACGGUCUGAGUCUAAACUGGGCUUCUUUGAGUAUUCUUUGACUAACUUAACACAUCAGCCUAACAUGCACAUUAGCAAAGAAGUAUUUCCUCUAGUUGUAGAUGACCCAGACAGUUCGGAGACCCAAAUAGUUCUAUCACUGCAAUUAAGAAUUCUAACCAACGCUUUAUUUGAGGGAGACCUCGAAAGUGACUCAGAUUCUGACGACGACAUUAAACCACCAUCACAACACUCAUGUUCACCAACUGAGUCGUCGUUAUUUGAAAAAAUCAGCACAGAUUCUUCAGUGAGUGAUUCAUCCAAGCCCAUGACGAUUGAGGAAACAUUAUCUUCUACUUCGUUAAGUAGAGUUGCCACAACGCCUUCACCUCCAAACAAAGUUAAGAGGAUACUCAGCAUGAGCACACCUAAAACCAUGAGGAGGUCUUUGAGUAAAAAAAUUCCGUGUAAUUAUGGCCGAAUUGAAUUGACUUUGGACUAUAAUAUGCAGAGGCAGAGGCUCGUGGUGAAGGUCCAUCAGAUUGAAAACUUGACUUUGACGGACCCUGAAGACCUACCAGAUCCUUACGUUAAAUUAAAACUGUCUGUUCCAGGACAAAGUCAAAUUAAAAAUAAAACAAAAGUGAUAAUUAACUGUUGUAAUCCAACUUACGAAGAAGCUUUCGAUUAUAUUGUGCCGGAACGUGAUGUUGCCGGAUGUAAACUAGUCAUAACUGUGAAAACCAAAAAAUGGUUUAACAGUCCUGUUUUGGGACAGACUGCAAUUAACCUGAAUGGAUACUUAGAGAAAACACCCAAUAACUUUUGGCUUGAUUUUGGACCAGAAGAAGAAUCAGAUUAGUGUUAUUUAUAUAUUGUUUAAGCUGCAUAUAUAUUUUAAUCAUGUUUGUGCUUUGUUGUUUUUUUAUCCGGUGUUUUAUACAUUUUAUUUAUAAACAAUAUUAAUAAAAUUGUUCACUCUU